UUUUGUGAAAGUACUUUAGGAACCUUGUCUAUACAUACUCUUGAGCUAAUUUCAUUCCAUGGAUUAAGAAGUAUAUUUGACGCCUUCUUUCAAGCACCACAUAUGAAAGAUAAUACACCGAAAAAAAUACUGAACCAGCUGCACAUAUUUCUCUUAUCUGGAAAGCUCGCAAUGAAAGAUUUUCAUUCUGUAUACCCGCCAUUUAUUGCAGCACCACAAUUUCGCAUAUGGUCUCCCACUACACUACUCAGUGUGGCCCUAUUCAGCUUAACUAACGUUGAUCGGACGGGAAACAGUGCUUUCUGCAUGGUAUGGCCGCAACCGAAAGAUUAUUAUGAAACAGAGUUCAGUUGUCUCUUAAACUACGAGUAGAUCGGUUUAUAGAUAGUUCGGCCUCAGUGAAUAAACCUAGUCU